GAGUCAAAAACCAGGGGAACCCACUGAAACAGUUGGCGCCUCUCUCCUAUUAUCUCACGGCGAAAGUUCAAAAUUCUGCAAGCAACGCGAAAAUUAACUACUGAAAGAUACAUAAAUUGUCAAAGAAAGUUAAAAAUGGUGACGCUAAUCGUGUCCACAACCAACGAUCCAGCCUCAAUCAACCCGGCAACCGAGCUCCUUUCCAUGCCCGGCUGGCAACCUGGUCCCACUCUGCUUCAGGAUAUAAGGAGCUUCGCGAACCAGCAAGUGAGAUUAUUGCAACACGAUAAGAGUAUCGUGGAAGAGGACGAUCUCGACGAGCGGUGGGAGGAAGCCACAAACGAGGCCGUGGAAGAAGUCAUCUUCUUCAGCAAGCACACUGCUGUUUCUAAUCGACCUGCUCUCACUGUUCAUCCAAUUGGAGUUCCUCAUUUACGAGAAGGCGAUGUGCCACCCCAAGGAGGGAGGCCAGGAUGGGCGGCACCCCCGGAUCCGAGGAUGGGGCCUUGGCUUCGGCUAUUAAAGGAAAUGGCUGCGUCUCGAGAUAUGAUUCCUGAGUUUGAGGUUACUUUGGAGGGUACUCAUCAUGGACCGGUUACUAGUAGGCCGACUAUGUUUUUGGAGAUUGGAAGUACAGAAGAGUACUGGAAGAGGCAGGAUGCUGCUCAAAUCAUGGCUCAAUUGGUUUGGGAAGGACUUGGGCUUGGAGGAGGUGCUGCUGUGGGAAACUGGAGCAGUGAGAAUGACAAGAAAAAAGUCCUUCUUGGCAUUGGUGGUGGACAUUAUGCUCCUCGGCACAUGGAUAUCGUUGUGAAAUAUGAUGAUCUUUGGGUAGGCCACCUACUUUCUGGAUACUCCUUGCCAAUGGAAGAACCAAACCAGUCAACUGGAAAACAUAUUGGCGGUGCUUGGAGACAAUCAAUUCUGGCUGCAUAUGAGGCUACUAGAGUAGCUUUCCCAGGAGGGGAGAUUUUGGCACAUCUUGAUCAUAAAAGUUUCAAGAGUUGGCAGAAAAAUGCAAUUACGGGGUUUUUAGAGGAGCAUAACAUUAAGAUUGGCAAGCCAAAUGACUUCAAGUGAUACUGGUGAUGCUAAUGGAUGGUUCAAUUUUUACCGCAGGAUUCAGAGAUAUUACAUUAAAUGGUAUAUGCAUAUAGUAACAUUAUCAAGUAUGUAAGAAAGAUGAAUACAUGAUUAGGAUGGAUAAAUGAUUAAUCAAGUAGAAAGGAGAUUCUGCUUACCGUUUCAGAUGAUCAUUACUGCUCUUAAGAGGUCAAUCAAUUUUGAGUUUUUUGAGUUUUUGGUGGCUACUGUCCAGAAGGAUGAUUAUGGAAGUUGCUUAAAUAGUUGGUACACAGUCA